GAGCUCGCGGGCGGGUGCGCAUGCGCGGGAAGGCUCCCUGAAGGUGACUGACGGUUAUGGCGGCCGCCGCCGGGACGCUGCGCCUCUCGCUCCGGAGCAAGAUCCUGCCCGCCCUGCUCAGCCGCCUCAGGCCUCUCCCGGGAACUGCCGCGGUGGGCACGGCCGCCAGGCGGGCUGGGGAGAAAGUAACACACACAGGACAGGUUUACGAAGAGGGUGAUUACAGAAAAGUCAGAUUUGUCGGUCGACAGAAAGAACUAAAUGAAAACUUUGCCAUUGAGUUAGUAGCUGAGGAGCCUGUAACUGAGGUAUCAGACAGAGUGGUUUCAUGCGAUGGUGGUGGUGGAGCUCUUGGGCAUCCUAAGGUGUAUUUAAACUUGGACAAAGAGACAAAAGUUGGAACAUGUGGUUAUUGUGGUCUUCGGUUUAAGCAGAUACAUCACUGAAAGGAACCAUUUGGAAUUUACUCACAUUGUUUCUCUUUAUGACAGUGUUGUACAGGCUUCAGCUAUGAAAGUUACAAGCAAUAAAUUAAUUGAGCUCUGCAUGUGUGUUGCUCUAUUUAAAGUGAAGUUCGAAUGUAAAGACCACAUGAAAUAGGAACAGAAGUAUGCUGUUCAGUCCCUUAAGCCAGCUCUGACACUCCUCAUGUCCACUUUCCUGCUUUUUCAACGUAACACUUGAUUCCCCUUCUGAUCAAAAGUCUCCCUCAGAGUUAAAUAAAUAUCUGAUCUGCCCUCACAGCUCCCUGUGGUAAGGCGUUCCAAAGACUCUUAACAAUCUGAGAGAAGAAAUUCCUUCGCACCAAAGUCUUAAAUUGGUGUACCUUAAUUUUGAGACUAUACUAUCUGGCCCUAGACUCUCCCAUGAGACGAAACAUCCUUUUGGCAUUUAACCUGUCAAGCCCCUUAAGAAUCCAAUAUGUUUCAACAAGAUCACCUCUCAUCUUCUAAAUUCCAAUGAGUAAAGUCACAACCUGCUUAAUCUUUGCUCAUAAGGCAAUCCCUUCUUACCAGGGAUCAUAGUGGACAUUCUCUUAACUGCAUCCAAUUAAAUAAUAUCUUUCCUUAAGUAAGGGUGUCAAAACUGCUCACAGUACUCCAGAUGUAGUCUCAUCAACACCAAGUCCCUCUGUGUAGCAGCUUUCUGCAGUUGUUCUGUAUUUGAAUAAUGCUGCUGUUUUCUCUCUUCCAAAAUGAACAGUUUCACAUUUUCAAUGUUGUACUCCAUUUGCCAACAAUUUGCUUUUCUUUCUAUCCCUCUCACAACGUGCCUUUCCACUUAUUUUUGUCAGCUUCAAAUUUGACUAAAUAUAUUUACUUUGCCCAAUUCAUUAAUAUGUAUUGGAGACAGAUGCAGUCCACCACUCAUUCCUGUGGAACCUCACUGGUCACAAGCUACUAAUCUGGAAACAAACCUAUUAUUCUCACUUGUUACCUCCCCAUUAACCAAUUCUCUACCCAAGCCAAUGUACAACCUCUGACACCAUGUGCUCUUAUGACUUAAGCUUUUGUGAGGUAUGUUGUCAAAUGCUUCAUGGAAGCCCAAAUGCAACACAUCUACUGAUUCCCCUUUAUCCACCUUGCUUGAGUUUUCCUGGCAAAUCUCUAAUAAAAUAGACGUGAUUUCCUUUUCGUGAAGCCAUACUUUGCUUGAUUAUCAUUUUCUAAAUGGUCAGUGAUUUCAUCCUGAAUAAAUGAUUCCAAUAUGUUUCUACCAAUAGAUGUUAGGUGAAUCUGCCUAUUGUUACCUGCUUUUUGCCUCCCUCUGUUUUGAAUAGAGAUGUCACAUUGGCAGUUCUUCAAUCCUCUAUUUCUCCAGAAUCGAAUGUUUUUUUUUUAAAUUAAAACAAUGUCUUUCUUUUUACAUAUCCCUCGCUAGUUUGCCCUCAUAGUUUACUUUCUUUUUCUUUAUUAUCCUUUUAGUCCUUUUAUAAAUGCUAAAUUUAUCCUAGUCUUUAGGGCUCACUAACUUUUCGCUAUCUCUCUAGCUACCUCUUUUAGGAUCCUAAAUUGCAUGCCACAGGGCCUUUAGCUCCUUUAGUUUGUUUAAUACUAUUUCUUUAGUGAUGGUGAUGGUAUUUAGUUCCUCCCCUGUAUUCUUUUUCACUUCCUCCUUCCCCAUAACAAUCUCCCCAGCUUCAUUUUCUAAAAAGGUUAUGUUCACUUUGACCUCUGUCUUUCUUUUUACAUAUUCCUCGCUAGUUAUCCCUCAUAGUUUACUUUCUCUUUCUUUCUUAUCCUUUUAGUCCUUUUAUAAAUUCUAAAUUUAUCCCAGUCUUUAGGGCUCACUAACUUUUGUCCUCUUAGAUGCUUUUUCUUUCAAUGUAGUACUUUCCUUGAUUUCCUUGGUUGGCGUUGAUUGAUUUUAUCCCCCUGUCAGGAUCCUUGCCCCCAUAGCAGAAUGUAUUUUGCUGAGAGCCAUGAAUUACCACCUCAAGGUUUUAUACUGUUUUACUAUUAUUCCUGCUAAUCUAUCUGUCCAGUUCUCUUCAGCUAACUUUAUCCUCAUUUAAUUGUAAUUCCCUUCAUUUAGCCAAUUAUUUCUGAAUGAAGUUACUCACUCUUGAACUAAAUAUUACAUUCAUCAUGUUAGGAUCACUGCUUCCAAGGGGAUCUCUUACUCUGAGGUUAUUUAUUAAACCUGCCUCAUUACCCAUUACGAGAUCCAAGAAAGUCUGAACCCUGGUUGACUCCAUGAGACAUUACUCCAGGAAACUAUCUCCGUGAAUUUGUUGUUGUAGCUACCCUUUCCAAUUUGAGUAUAACAGUCAAGAUGAAAAUUAACAUUUCCUUCAAGAAAACAUUUCUUGUGAAGCCAGUAUGCCUUUAAGUACAAAAAGUGUGAUUUCAGUUUCAACUAGCUGUCUGCUACACUGGGCUAUCUCCCCAGAAUGAAUAUACAAUCAAUCAUAAAGUCUCUAACUGUGUUUAUCAGAGAACUCUCAUUUCCAGUUGUUCCAUUUAGUGUUGCUCAAGUUUUUGCACAAAAGUGUGACUGACGGGCCUAGUAAAUAGCUUCUAUUUUGGCCAUGGUAUGUGAUAAAGCUAAUUCAAUUUGAUUUGAAAUCUACAAAUGAUAUGUUUAUUUAUUAAUGUUGAAGAAACAUUUGGAAUGCUUACUUAUGGCCUGGAAUUUGCUGGACUUGGGAUUCUUAUGGUGUGUUUUGCUAGUUAUAUUUUCCCUCCUCCUUUAGCUCAGAUGUUUUGCCUUGUAUGUUGUUUGAAUUUUAAGCUGGAAAUGGCAUAGCAAGGGAACUUUCAGGGAAAUGAUGGGAUCAACAGUCUAUUUCCUUAGCCAAUUUGAUUUAAGGGAAUGUACAGGAAAUAGAUGAAUGAUGGAGAAGGAUGAAUUAGAGACAUUAGAUUUAUGUGAAAAAUAGAGUGAAAGAAAGAUUAUGUUAAAACACAGGCAAAACGAAGAGGCAGGGAGAGUAAGAAAAAUAAUUCCAUAGAAAGCAGGAGUUGGCCCUCGCUUUGAGCCUGCUUAACCAUUUAUUAUGAUCAUGGCUGAUCAUCCAACUCAAUAUCCUGUUCCUGUUUUCUCCCCCCUUUCCUUUUGAUCUCUUUAGAUUGUUUAGCCCAAGUGAUAUAUCCAACUACCACUUGAAAUUAUUUCUCAAUGUAAAAAUUUCUAACAGAAUAUCCAUGAUUUUAAAUUCUUUUCUGUACUGAAGAGAUGGAUUGGUAUGAGAGAAGCAUGCAACUCCUCAUUCCUAAGAGAGAUAUAUAUACACACUUUACUACCAGCCCUAACAAUUUAUGAAUGCCUGUCGUUUAAUUGCCAAUUAAUAUGUAGAUUCACAUUUCAUUUUCACAAGACUAAAGGGAAAUAAUGUAAAUCAUAAUGCAGCUUAUAAUGUGCAAUUGGUGGGGUAUAUCUUCCUUAUCAAAAGUUGCUAGCAAUUUACAAAUGAAUAACACAGUAUUGUAUUUGUCAUGAUUGUAGCAACAGAUUCUGGGCCACUAUGCAUGAAUAUAACCCAUGAAUAAGUUUGCUAAUUUUGUUCGAUUAUAUUCAUGUUCACAGCAUAAAACAUGAUGUUUUAAAAGACACUUUGUUUUUACAGCUAGGUGCACCUUAUAGUUCAUUUUUCAUUAAAGCAGUAUUUACUCUGAUACAGCAAAUAUGUCUUGCAUUUAUCACAAUUUAACUAUUUUUUUCUUCCUUUUUUUAAUGCUUUUGAGAAUUUUAAUUGGCUUUCACAUUUUGCUUUUAUUGCACAUUGUGAUAGAAUUGUCACUAAUAGUGCCAAAUUUGUAUUUUUUGAACUUAAAAAAAAAAGUAAAAUUUGCUGGGGCACUUUUGGGUCAGAGACACUGUCUUGACAUUGAAAUAAAUCAGGUGAAUGUG